GACUGGAGGAGGAGUGUGUGUGUCUGGAAUGAUGAAGAAAUAAGUGAGCGCAUCAGUGUGAUCUACACCAGAAGACAGAGAUCAGAUUUUCUCUGUGUUGUUUCAAAUGGAGUGUCGGUGUCAGUGAUGGAGGGAGAUUCAGUCACCCUAAACACUGGGGUUGAAAUAAAACAACAAGAAGAUAUAAAAUGGUAUUUUAAUGAUAUUUGCAUUGCUCAGAACAGUGGAGAUCAGAAUAAGAGUAAGAUCUGUACGGAUAAUCAGUGUAAAGAGAGAUUCAGAGACAGACUGAAGCUGGAUCAUCAGACUGGAUCUCUGACCAUCACACACACCACAAACACAGACUCUGGAGUUUAUCAACUACUGAUCAUCAUCAGCAGCUUUAAAAAGGUCUUCAUUGUAUCUGUUCAUGGUUCGUCUGGUGUUGAUACAGUCAGAGUGUUAGUGUCAGUGAUGGAGGGAGAUUCGGUCACUCUACACACUGGUGUUCAAACAAACCAGCAAGACAGAAUUAGAUGGUAUUAUAAUGACAUUCGCAUCGCUCAAAUCAAUAGAGACCAGAGUAAGAUCUGUACAGAUGUUCAGUGUAAUGAAGAUACUGAGAGAUUCAGAGACAGACUGAAGCUGGAUCAUCAGACUGGAUCUCUGACCAUCAUGAACAUCACAAACACACACUCUGGAGAAUAUCAACUGCAGAUCAGCAGCGGCAGCAGCGACAGUGACAACACCUUCAAUGUUAUUUUAUAUGGUGUUUCUGCUGCUGAACGAGAUACGAUUAAGAGAAAGACCGUGAUGGAGGGAGAAUCUGUCAUUUUAUACACUGGUGUAAUAAGAAAUCUGAAUGAUUCAGUUACGUGGUAUUUUAAUGAGAUUCUCAUCGCUGAAAUCAGUGAUGAACCCAGAAAAAACUGUACAGAUGAUCAGUGUGACGAGAGAUUCAGAGACAGACUGGAGCUGGAUCAUCAGACUGGAUCUCUGAUCAUCACACACACCAGAACUGAAGACUCUGGAGAAUAUAAACUACAGAUCAACAACAGCAGAUUCAGCAUCUUUAAGAGCUUCAGUGUUUUUGUCACUGCUGUUCCAGAUCCAGGUUUAUCUUCAGCUGCUGUAGGAGGAAUAUGUGCUGCUGUUAUUCUGCUCGUGGCUGCGGCUGCUGCUGCUGGGAUUUACUGUUUCAACUGGAAAUCGAGGAAAAGGAAAGCAAGGCUAAAAGGAAACAGGACACCGCGAGAUGAUCAUGAUCAGGAGAAUGAUGUUACAGAAGCACUGCCCCUCAAUCAGAGGACUCAGACCCCACUGAUGGAUGAUGGUAAUGAGACUGAGACUCCACAGUUGGAUGAUGAUAAUGGGACGUCCCAUAAUGAGACUGAGACUCAACAGGUGAAUGAUGAUGAAGAGAUUGAGACUCAAGUUGAUAAUGAGCAGUCUUCUAGUGAGACUUGAGACUAAUGGGAUUUCUCAGUAACAUUAGUUAUUAUUUUACGCUCAUGGAGAAAUGGUGUCGUGAUACUAAAAUAUCAGUAGUCGGUACCAAUAAUGGUGACUUGAAGUCAAAGCAAAGCAAGCCAUCACCAACAGAGUGCUUGUGGGAUUUCCAGUGUGUAACUGGUGGGAGUAUUAGAGGCUGCUAAAGGAUCCAGACAGAAACAGGAUUAUCACUCGUCCUUCACAGAAUUGCGGUUCCUUCAAUCAUUAGCAGCAGAAUAUACACUGUAAGACCCAAUAACACACUGAUCUGUUUAAUCAGAUUCAUAUGUCAUACUUGGUGUGCUCUUCACCGAUCAUGUGCAGAAAUGAGAACGGGAAUAUGUUAGUUACUGUGACCUUAUUAAGAUGCUUGGUAACCUACAAACUGGUGUUUUAAAAACAUUCACUGUCAAAACUAAUGCUUUCAGUUUUGGUUUGUUUGUUGGUGGUUUAAAGAAAGGUUAAAAGUCCAAAUCCUGCAAGGAUUGAUCCAUGAAAUAUAAGCAUUGUGUCCUUGAUCAAAUGCCGAAUCUCAGGAAAUGAACCUGUAAAACUCCAUUGAAAGACUCUGGAUUGAUGCUGCUACAAAAGCACAAAUAUUCCUAACUGUUACUGGCUGCUAUGCUGCUGCUUAAUGGAAUUUUUAAGCGCAUUUCAUAAAUGUGUGUGUACUGAUAAAAUGAUAUUCAUUUUGUGUGAUAAAUUUCUUUUCAAUGUUUAAAUUAUUUAUUAAAAUUAACUAUUUAAAUUAUUUAUUAAAAUGUAAAUAAACGCGAUG